UGGUCGUCGAGGACUGUUCACAUUUCGUAAUUCCCAGUUCGCAAGCGUGCUCGGGUGCAGUCUGCGUGCGUGAAAAAGAAAGAGAAAGAAAGUGCGAAAAAUAUUUUGGCCAUCAUCAUAGGAGGGACUCGUAUUUUUGGUUUUUUUCGUCCCUCCGCGAAAAUGCAAAGGUUAAAAUCUUCGCAGCGAGACAAAGUGAAGAAAUUUAUUUCUUUCACCCAAACUGAUGAGCAAACAGCCAUUUUUUGUUUGUCACAAAAUGACUGGAAACUGGAUUUGGCAAGCGAUAACUUUUUUCAAAAUCCAGAUUCAUAUUUAAAAGAGAGAAGAAGUACUGCUUCAAUAGAUAAAAAAAAGGUUGAUCAGCUAUUCAAUCGAUAUCAAGAUCCUCAUGAACCAAAUAAAAUAACAGUAGAUGGAAUUAUGAAGUUCUUGGAUGAUUUAAAGUUAGCACCAGAUAGUAAAUUAGUUCUUAUUAUAGCAUGGAAAUUUAGAGCAGAUACUCAGUGUGAAUUUACAAAGGAAGAAUUUGUUACUGGCAUGACAAUUUUAGGAUGCGACACAAUAGAUAAACUUAAAGCAAAAUUACCUAGUCUAGAAGAUGAGUUACGAGAAGCAUAUGUAUUCAAGCAAUUUUACAACUUUACCUUCAAUUAUGCUAAAAAUCCUGGCCAAAAAAGUCUUGAUUUAGAUAUGGCAAUUGCAUACUGGAACAUAGUUCUAAAAGAUAAAUUCAUAUUUUUAGAUUUAUGGUGCAAGUUCCUACAGGAACAUCAUAAAAGGUCUAUAUCAAAGGAUACAUGGAGUUUGUUACUGGAUUUCUCACUUAUGAUUAACUCUACAAUGUCUAAUUAUGAUGAAGAAGGUGCAUGGCCAGUACUGAUUGAUGAUUUUGUUGAAUGGGCACAGCCACAAAUCUCCCAAGCUCCCUAACAGAUGAACUGUAGUUUAUCGAAUUGAAGUCUGUACAGGCCAAACCAAAAUUAACUUGAAUACUCUUUAUGAGAAGCUGAAUAAGUUAUCUCAAUAGAUAGCAAGAUAUCAAAUUGAAAAAAUAAGCAAGUUAUUUUGAAAAAUAUUGUUUGAUAAUGUUCUUUUUAAAAAGUUCUAACGAAAUUUGAGUUGAAUCAGAAAAAUCAAUACUUCAAUACUGUGCAGUAAGAAUUAAACUUUGUGCUAAAGAUAUUAUGAAUUUACAUGCAAACUAAAUCUAAGUGAAAACUGAAAAAUUCAUAUUUCACUUGCAAAGAUACACUAAAGUAAACAGAUUUUUUUAGAAGGCAAGCAAGUCUUACAAGCACCAACACUUUUCAAAUAGUCAAGUGCAACUGAUUUAUUUCUUUUAUGGAUUUGAUUGUACCAGAAUCGUGUGAGUACUUCACGAUGAAUGCUUUUCAUUUUCAAGCUUGAGUUUGUUUGAAUAUCUAAUAUUAUUUUUGAAAAUGUUUAUAUGUAUUAAUACAGUUUUUUAAUGUAACAAACUACUGUGAUUUUCUAAAAUUAGCUCUAAAACUGUUAAAGUUUCUUCAUUAUAUGUUUGCAUCUAAUGUACAGAUAUCAGUGUUUGUUUUAAUUGAGAUACGAUUCUAUAGUUAAAUUUAAAUUUAUAGAAGCUAAUUAUUCAACAAAGUCCAGAAACAUUACAUUUACAAGAUCGAAUAA